UGGCGUCACGGCCGGAUGACGGCGCCGGAAGCGGAAGUUGGGAGCGAGGUGCGCGUCCCUCACGCGCCCCACGUGUCGCGCGGCGGUGGCCGGAGGUCGGCUCUCCCCCUCCGCAGCCCCGCCGGCCCUAGCAUGGCCGACCUGCGGUUUCACCUGGCGGAGCCGCUGCAGCUGGUGGCGCGCAGGAACGAGAAGAGCGGCGCGGAGCUGAGCAGGUUCCUAGGCAAGCAGACUUGGACUCAACAGGAUCGACAGUGCAUCCUUGAUACUUUAGCACUGUUAUUACUGGAUAAGGAAUGCACUUUACUAAUUGGGCGUCAGCUUCGUCCAGUCUUGCUGGAUUUGUUGGAACGAAAUGCAUCUGCCAUUAAAGCUGGUGGCCAAAUCAACCAUGAUCGGCAUGAAAGGCUGUGUGUAGCAAUGAGCAAGCUGGUUGCUGACCACCCUGAUGUUUUGCCAUUUGCUCUGAGAUAUUUUAAGAACACAUCACCAGUUUUCCAGAGACUUUUCCUGGAGAGCUCAGAUACAAACACAGUCCGAUAUGGGCGCAGACGAAUGAAGUUACGGGACCUCAUGGAAGCAUCAUAUAGGUUUUUACAAAAAGAACAAUCAGUUUUCCGAGAAUUAUGGGACUGGAGCGUGUGUAUUCCACUCCUAAGGAGUCAUGACACUUUAGUCCGUUGGUAUACUUCGAACUGUCUUGCUCUGGUUACAUGUAUGAAUGAUGAACAUAAAUUGUCUUUCAUGAAGAAGAUCUUCAGUCCUGAGGAGCUGACACAUUUCAGACUGAAGCUACUAGAAGAAUCUCAGGUGCAGAAUGUGGAACAAGCUCUUGUUUUGGCCAAUCCGGACUCCUCAUUUUGGCAAAAGGAGAAAGAAGUGCAAUAUAAACAAGGUCAUAUUGUAUCGGGUGACCUGUCUGCAAAUGUAGUAGCUGUAUGUGGUAUCGUGCUGCCUAGACUGAAGUGUGUUUCUGAAGAACAGCAGGAAAAUACCACCAGCCAUUUUGUUUUGGUCGAAUCUGCCUGCACAAAUCUUCAAAACCUUGCUAUUGCUGUAGCAUUUCAAAGUCCUGUUUUAUUGGAAGGACCAAUAGGAUGUGGCAAAACUACUUUAAUUGAAUAUUUAGCAGCCAUUACAGGAAGAACAAAGCCUCCUCAUAUUUUGAAAGUCCAGCUUGGGGAUCAAACUGACAGCAAGACGCUGCUUGGUAUGUAUCGCUGUACAGAUGUCCCAGGGGAGUUUGUUUGGCAGCCUGGAACCUUGACACAAGCUGUUACCAAGGGUCAUUGGAUACUUCUGGAGGAUAUUGAUUAUGCUCCUCUGGAUGUGAUCUCUGUCUUGAUUCCUCUUUUGGAAAAAAGGGAGUUGCUAAUUCCUGGUCGUGGUGACUGCUUGAAAGUAGCACCGGGAUUCCAGUUUUUUGCAACCAGGAGAGUAUUCAGUUGUGGCGGUGGUUGGUACAGACAGCAAAGCAGCCAUGCUACUCUUCUGGACAAGUAUUGGACCAAAAUACAUAUGGAUAACAUGAGCAAAAUAGAACUCAAGGAGAUUCUUCAAAGCAGAUACCCCAACCUUGCUCUUGUAACUGAUCACUUGCUAGACAUUUUCAUUCACCUUACGGGAGAGAAAUAUCAGGCAUCAGAAAACACUGAUUGUGGUUCCAGGCCCAUAUCAGAAGAUGCAUCAGAAUCAAGAUCAGAGAAUAAGAAACCUAAUCUGGAAGGACGAGAACUUUCUCUAAGAGACUUAUUGAAUUGGUGCAGCAGAAUUGCUUACAACUUUGACAGUUCUUCCUCAACCACAGCAAUGAAUAUUUUUCAGGAGGCAUUGGACUGUUUCACGGCUAUGCUGUCCAACCAAGGAAGCAGACUGAAAAUGGCAAAAGUUAUUGGCAGUAAACUAAAUAUUUCCAAGAAGAAGGUGGAGUUCUUUUGUGAACUCUUUAAACCAGAAAUUUUAAUCAGGGAACAAGAAGUUUCUGUGGGAAGAGUGUGUCUCAUGAAGAAACAAACCCUGGCUCUUACUGUAAAAAGAACGAAGCAAACCUUUGCUGCCACCCGACCAUCUGCAGUAUUGAUUGAGCAGCUUGCAGUUUGUGUUGUCAAAGGAGAGCCUGUGCUCUUGGUUGGUGAAACAGGAACUGGUAAAACCUCAACUGUUCAGUACCUCGCUCAUGUUACAGGACACCAUCUGAGAGUCAUUAACAUGAACCAACAAAGUGACACUGCAGAUCUGCUAGGGGGUUAUAAGCCUGUGGAUAACAAGCUGAUCUGGCUACCUCUGCGAGAGUCUUUUGAAGAACUCUUCUAUCAAACGUUUUCUAGAAAGAAAAAUCAGACAUUCCUGGGCCACAUUCAGACCUGCUACAGGCAGAAACGUUGGCACGAUCUGCUAAAACUAAUGCAACAUAUUCAUAAAUCUGCUAUUAAUAAGGAAGCAAAAGAAAGUGCAUCUGGCUCACCACUGAAGGAAAAGUGGGAGGCAUUUGGUCUUAAACUGAAUCAUGCUCAUCAGCAGAUGAAGAUGACAGAAAAUGCACUUCUCUUUGCUUUUGUAGAGGGUACUCUGGCACAAGCAGUAAAAAAAGGAGAGUGGAUUUUAUUGGAUGAGAUUAACUUGGCUGCAGCAGAGACUUUAGAGUGUCUGAGUGGUUUAUUGGAAGGAUCAUCUGGGUCGCUGGUCUUACUAGACAGAGGAGACACAGAGCCUCUUGUUCGCCACCCUGAUUUUCGCUUGUUUGCAUGCAUGAAUCCAGCUACGGAUGUUGGAAAGCGAAAUCUUCCUCCAGGAAUACGAAACAGGUUUACUGAACUUUAUGUAGAAGAAUUGAGAAAUGAAGGAGAUUUGCAAAUUCUUAUAAUGGAUUACCUGAGAGGCUUGAAUGUGAGCAAAAAUACAGUACAAGGAAUUGUGAACUUUUAUUUAGCUGUGAGAAAGGAAGCAGAAAUGAAGCUGGUAGAUGGAACUGGCCACAGACCUCAUUACAGUCUCCGUACACUGUGCAGGGCAUUGAGAUUUGCAGCAUCUAAUCCAUGUAGCAGCAUACAACGCUCACUGUAUGAGGGCUUCUGUUUGAGCUUUCUGACACAGCUCGACAGAGUUUCUCAUCCAGUGGUUCAAAAGCUAAUUUGCCAGCAUGUAGUCUCUGGGAACAUCAAAAGCCUUCUCAAGCAGCAAAUACCAAAACCCCAAGGAGGGAGAUUUAUACUUAUAGAAGGAUACUGGAUUUCUGCUGGGGAUAAAGAACCUAUGGUAGAUGAGACUUACGUGCUAACCCCUUCAGUUAAGCUUAAUCUGAAAGAUAUUGUCAGAGUUGUGUCUGCAGGGACUCACCCAGUACUGAUUCAAGGAGAAACCUCUGUUGGUAAAACCAGUUUAAUUCGCUGGUUGGCUGCUGCUACUGGGAACCAUUGUGUGAGAAUCAACAAUCAUGAGCAUACCGACAUCCAGGAAUAUAUUGGCUGUUAUACAUCAGAUGCCUCUGGGAAGCUGGUAUUUAAGGAAGGCAUUCUCAUAGAUGCAAUGAGAAAGGGUUACUGGAUUGUUCUAGAUGAACUGAACUUGGCUCCCACUGAUGUUCUGGAGGCUCUCAAUCGAUUGCUGGAUGAUAACAGGGAGCUGUUCAUUACUGAGACUCAGGAAGUUGUCAAAGCUGACCCUCGCUUCAUGCUCUUUGCUACACAGAAUCCCCCAGGACUUUAUGGUGGCAGGAAGGUUUUGUCCAGAGCCUUCAGAAAUCGUUUUGUAGAACUGCAUUUUGAUGAACUGCCAAGCGCUGAACUGGAAACCAUCCUGCACAAGCGAUGCAGUUUGCCACCUUCUUAUUGCAGCAAGCUUGUCAAAGUCAUGUUAGACCUGCAAUCUUACCGCAGAGGUUCAACAGUUUUUGCUGGAAAACAUGGGUUCAUCACUUUGCGGGAUCUGUUUCGUUGGGCUGAAAGGUAUAGAUUGGCAGAACAGCUGGAGAAAGAUUAUGACUGGCUUCAGCACUUAGCAAAUGAUGGUUUUAUGCUUCUGGCAGGAAGAGUGAGGAAAGAGGAGGAGGUGGAUGUUAUACAGAGAGUCAUUGAAAAGCAUUUCAAAAAAAGUAUAUAUCCUGAGUGUCUCUUCUCAGAGGAAAGUGUCAAAAAGCUCCUGGCUAAAUCCUCCACAGAGAUGUCAGUGAUGGGCAGAUAUUUUAAACAUAUUGUCUGGACUCAAGGCAUGAGGAGACUUGCUGUUUUGGUGGGACGAGCCUUGGAGUUUGGUGAACCUGUACUGCUGGUGGGAGAGACUGGGUGUGGUAAAACCACCAUUUGUCAGAUCUUUGCAGCAUUAACAAAUCAAAAGUUAUAUUCAGUGAACUGCCACUUGCAUAUGGAGACUUCAGACUUCCUGGGAGGACUGCGACCAAUCAGACAGAGAUCGAAUGACCAGGAGGAAUAUGAUGGUUCUCGACUCUUUGAGUGGUGUGAUGGACCUCUUGUUUUAGCAAUGAAAGAGGAGGGUUUUUUUCUCCUUGAUGAGAUUUCUCUAGCUGAUGAUUCUGUUCUAGAGAGACUUAACAGCGUGCUUGAAGCUGAAAAAACAUUGGUUCUUGCUGAAAAAGGUGGUCAAGAUGAUGAGGACAAUGAGGUCGAACUGUUGGUUGCAGGAAAGAAAUUUCGUAUCCUUGCAACUAUGAACCCAGGGGGUGACUUUGGGAAGAAAGAGCUUUCUCCCGCAUUGCGCAACAGAUUUACAGAGAUAUGGUGUCCACAAAGCAAUGGCCGUGAUGACUUGAUACAGAUUGUAAAACACAAUCUUCACCCAGGAUUGUCUCUGGGUGGAGUAAACCAUCAAGGAGCAGACAUAGCGGAGCUCAUGAUGGACUUUGUUGAAUGGCUGACUAAUCAAGAGUUUGGUCGCCAGUGCAUUCUUAGUGUGCGAGACAUCUUAUCUUGGGUCAAUUUUAUGAAUGUCAUGGCAGAGGAGUCCAAUUCUGCCACGGAAGACAGUCCUCUUUAUAUUUCUCCAGUGAUGUCUUUUAUCCAUGCUGCAUGUUUGGUAUACAUUGAUGGAAUAGGAUCAGGUACAACAUCCUGCUCAGCUGAUACAGCUUUAUUAGCUCGUGAAAAAUGCCUGACAUUCUUAUGUGAAAAAAUGAGUCAGUUCCUUGAGCUGACUGAUCAUCAGAAGAAUGAGCUGAAGAUUUAUGACAGAACGAAGAAGGAGUUCUUGUGGAUGGACAACUUUAUGGGAAUCCAACCAUUUUUUAUUCCAAGAGGCCCUGUUCUUCAGAGGAACAGCAUUACGGAUUAUGCUCUAAAUGCUGGGACUACAGCAGUGAAUGCUCAAAGACUGUUGAGAGCCCUACAGCUUAACAAACCUAUUUUGUUGGAAGGGUCACCAGGUGUAGGCAAGACCAGUCUAGUUGCUGCCCUGGCAAAGGCCUCAGGAAACUGCCUUGUUCGAAUCAACCUGUCUGAGCAAACGGAUGUUACAGACUUGUUUGGGACAGACUUGCCUGUUGAGGGUGGCAGGGGAGGAGAAUUUGCCUGGCGUGAUGGACCACUAUUAGCUGCAUUAAAGGCUGGACACUGGAUUGUGUUAGAUGAGUUGAAUCUGGCUUCUCAGUCUGUGUUAGAGGGGCUAAAUGCGUGCUUCGACCACAGAGCAGAGAUCUAUGUUCCUGAAUUGGGAAUGAAUUUUCAUGUACAACAUACAAAGACUAAGAUUUUUGGAUGCCAGAAUCCAUACAGACAAGGAGGUGGAAGAAAGGGUCUGCCCAAGUCCUUUCUUAAUAGAUUUACACAGGUGUAUGUAGAUCCACUGUCAGCAGCAGAUAUGGAGUUUAUUGGGAAUGCUCUGUUUCCUGCCAUCGACAAGAGUAUUAUUUCCAAAAUGGUUGCUUUCAAUAACAAGAUUGAUAAAGAAGUAAUGACUGAAAAAAAGUGGGGACAGAAGGGAGGACCUUGGGAGUUCAACUUACGUGAUCUUUUUCGCUGGUGCCAGCUUAUGCUUGUUGACCAGUCACCAGGGUGCUAUGAUCCAGGCCAGCAUGUAUUUUUGGUGUAUGGAGAAAGAAUGAGAACCAGGGAGGACAAAGAAAAGGUUAUAUCUGUAUUUAGAGAUGUUUUUGGCCAGGAGGUUUACGUGUAUACAGGAACAAGAGAUUUUCACAUCACGCCAUAUAACAUUCAGAUUGGUUAUUCAGUUCUUUCUCGUGGCAACUAUAUUCCUCGUCCUGGCAGAAAUCUAUCGCUUCUGCACCAUUCACUGCAGUCCCUUGAGUCCAUAAUGAAAUGUGUGCACAUGAGCUGGAUGGUAAUCCUGGUGGGCCCUGCAGCUGUUGGCAAAACCAGUCUUGUUGAGCUGCUGGCCCAUCUGACUGGCCAUCGACUGAAAAUCAUGGCAAUGAAUAGUGCGAUGGAUACAACUGAACUCUUGGGUGGAUUUGAACAGGUUGAUAUUAAUAGACCGUGGCUGCGCCUGCUGGAAAAAGUGGAGAAUGUUGUGAGCGCAUUAGUGAGGGACAGUCUGCUCCUGACAGAAAUUUGUGCAGAUGAUGCUGAACUUGUGCUGCGUGCUUGGAGCAAUUUCAUCCUGAAUUACAAACCCAAAUCUCUGGGUGAAGGAGGAAGAAGUGUUACAGCUGAAUUAGUGAGCAAACUGGAGGGAAUACUUGUACUUACCCAGCGACUGAACAACAAAAUAAGUUCUUACUCGAAGGCAGAGUUUGCUCUCCUGGUGGAAGAGUUCCGGCGUUUAAAGCUGCAGCAGGUCCAAGCUUCUGACUCUAACAGCCUUGGCACUUUUGAGUGGGUGGAUGGGAUGCUGGUUCAGGCCCUGCAGUGUGGUGACUGGUUGUUGAUGGACAACGUUAACUUUUGCAACCCCUCUGUGCUGGACCGCUUGAAUGCUUUACUUGAACCAGGAGGUGUUCUUACCAUGAGUGAGAGAGGUGUGAUAGACGGCACAAUUCCUACAAUUGCUCCUCAUCCAAACUUCAGGCUUUUCCUUUCCAUGGAUCCUGUUCAUGGGGAAAUAUCUCGAGCUAUGCGGAAUCGUGGGAUUGAAAUUUACAUUUCUGGGGAAAAUGAUGGAAAUGUAUUAGACAGUCUGGAUUUAAAGUUACUGCUGCAUGGUUUGGGCUUAGUGGGAGAUAGCAUCUGUGAUGCGCUGAUGGCCAUGCAUUCAGAAACCAAGACAGCAAUACCAGGUUCUGUAUCAUCUUUGUCACCUUUGCUCCAGGCUGCUGCGUUAAUUGUGCAGCAGAUGCAAAGAGGCCUUGGAUUAGUGAAGUCUUUUUACAGAGCCUGUUGGGAAGUUUAUGGCCGCUCACAACAAUUGCAGAUCAACCAAAAGCUUGUGCUAGAAUUAGUUAUGAAGCAUGUUUCAUCUCUGGCUUCUCAUGAAAUUUGGGGUGACUCCCUGCUUGCAAUGGGAUUAUGGCCAGACUCCCUACCUACGGGUCUGUUUACAGCUGAAGAUUCACUUCUUUCAACAGUGCGGAGUGAUGGACAGGUCCUAAUAUACUGUUUGAAUAGAUUAAACCUUAAAAACUGCAGGACACUACCACUGACUCUGCAAGAUCUUCAGAAAAUCAUGCAGUCUGCCCAUCCUGAGAAUCUCAGAUUCAGUGCUGUUGAGAUAGGUGCAGACUGGGUGGAUGAGAUGGAAGUCCUCCAGGCUUCAGUGAAGCUAUUCAUAGAAAAGGCAACCAAUCAAGAUUGGACUUUGAGAGUUAAAUGGCUUAACUUCUUAGCCAAAAAUCUGCCGCAAGUGCUUGAUCCAGUACGGAUUCAGUUGGAAGCAGGUGCUGUAGCCCUUGGCAGUUUCUAUGCCAGUCCCCUCUCAUCUGGAAUCAGUAACAUGAUCAAGUUGCUUCAGCCAACUAUGACAGAUGAGCAUGUGAUGCCCCUGGACCCAAGAUGGAACGUGCAAUUUUUAGAUAUCGUUAGCAAUUCAAUUAACUUUGAUACAGAAACGGAACACACAGAUCAGCUUCUCAUCCUUUUGAAGUCUGUAGCGAACCGGGCUGUAUUGUUUCUUGACCGAGAAAAAAGGAGCUACACUGAAAAGAAUUUAAUUAUCAGCAAGAAUCCAAGAACCAGUGCCUUGAGAAUGUCUCUAGAUUUCCGUAAAGAUCCAGGAAGCUACAACACUCUUCCUCAUGCAGCUGUGGUCAACCUUGCUGCUUUCUUUGAACUCUGGGAUGUGUUUACACUCCACUGGGUGACAUCUACUCAGGUGGCCUUAAGUGAUGAUGAUAUGCAUGAUAUUUUAUACUGCUUGCUGUGGCGUGAUCGGUUCUGGACAGUCUCUGACACUUUGACAGUGGAUUCACCAGGGUUAUCGCUUCUGUCUUUGCACUGGCACUGGGUUAUGAAACAUCUCAUUGACAGAAUUCCUCAGAUGCUGAUUGGAUCAGACCAGCACAAGGUUUCCAAAGAAAUUCAGUCUGUUUCACAGCAACUUCAGAAUUGCUUAGCCAAUCCUGCUGGUACUUCUGCCAACAUGAAGCUUUUACAAAAGUCUCUAGGAAGACCUCUUCCUUUCAAGGAUAAACUAGGCAUGGAAUGUUUUUCUCUAGUAAAAGUUCUCGGCAAACCACUUAACAUCUUAGAGGCAAGACUGGUCUUUGGAGAAAGCAGAUGGCAGGAAAAAAUGUGCUGUCUGAAGACAGCUGCCACUGGAUGGAAGAUGAAAAAAGCAUUGCUGCAAGCUGAUGGCCUCAUACUUAGAGCUAAUCAUUUAGAAGAUGUUACCCUUGGUCAGCUAAAGAACUUCUUGAAAGCUGUACAUUCAGAACUGAGAGCAGAAGGACUUAAAUUUAGUCACUCAGAAGAAAGGUUUACUGAAGAUACCAUUGCCAACCAGAUGGACCCUGCUAUGUUAAUCCAACUCUGCAGUCGGAUUCAGCUGUGGCCUGCAAUGGAGUACAUGGGUGUGCUCUGGCAGUACAAACUAACGGCAGAUUAUGUGGCUAAGGCUUAUGCAAGAAGGGAGAACUUCAGUCAAGAAUUAGGCACACGUUCAGAUUUAAUUCAACUUCUAGCUUUUUCUCUGAAGUUGACACCAGCUGCCUCUCACCAGCUGUCUGGACUGUGGCACUUGUUACACCUUCGUGAAAUAUCCCCUGAAGAAAUGUCUGUUCUGUCGUCUCAACUAAUUAAUGCUGCACUAGCAUGCUUUUGGAGCAGUUCUUUCACCACAGAUCCCGACUAUUGGUUAGCUUGGAGACCGCUACCUGCAACAGAGGAAAAGAACUCUACAAAAUCUCAUAUGAACCCUUCUAUGAAGGGCCCAGGUAUUUUGACCCGAGCAGUUUUCUCAAAGUGCUUCUUUGAAAUUCUAACUAGCAGCAGCAAGACAAGCCAGUGGGAUGUGAAUGGCCUUCCUGUUCUGUCAUCAUCCCAUGUGACACUGGGUGAAUGGAUGGAGAGAGCACAUCAACUUCAUGAAGUCAGCACAGCACUGUGGACCAACCUGGCUCUUGCUUCAAUAACAGACUUUAGGUACACAGAUUCUAGACUACAAGGAAUAAUGCUAAGCAGACAACUCUCUGCUCUGGUAGAUCUGAUUCCAACAGAUCUUCAAGAGGAAUUUUUGGAUUGCUGCAAGAAGCUCUUCAUGAAGGAUCUUGUUUCAUAUGAGUAUCUUCUCAAGAUACUUAGAAACAUCACUGAUCAGGAGUUGCUUCCCAAAGAAUUCAUGGUUCUCCUGCUCACUUGUUUGCAGCAGUUCUUUGGGGAAGGGCUUAAGGAUUUACCAGAGACAGCUUGGCGAGGAAGCCUCUGGGUGAAUAUUGGUUUGCUGCAGAUCCAGGUGUGGCUUCCACAGACUAGAUUUGAUCCAGCGAUUAAAAGAGAAUACAAGCUCAAGUAUGCCAAAGAAGAGUUACACCAGCUGGAGUGUGAAUGGAGGACAAAUGAUUUGUCAUCCCAGCUGCGUACAGGAAAAAGUAUUGAAGACAAAGCACUCUCCAACUAUAUUCAUCCCCAUCUCAGGCUCUUGCAGGAAAGAAUGCAAAGACUGAAUGAGCAAAUAAACAGUCUUUCCAGAAAAAAAGCCUUCAGGCCUCCAGCUCCACUCUAUGACGGCUUGUACCAGGAGGCUCACCAGUACAUCAACAGCAUAGCAAAGGUUUCUUCAGUCCAAGAUCUUUUAGCCCGACUUCUGCAGUUCCUCGGUGGGCAAAGACCUAAAUCACUCCAGGCAAUGAAAAAUCUGUUAAGUGAAGAAGCAUCAUGGCAACAAUCACACCACCACUUCAGAAAACACUUAUCAGAGGAGUAUGCUGUAUUCCCUGAUACCAUCAUUCCCCUGCAAGCUGCCAUCUUACAAUUGCAGCAUGGCAUGCGAUUAGUAGCUUCUGAAGUUUAUGCAGUGCUCAAUGGUUUUGUUUGUCCAACUGAUCUCGCCAACCUCCUUACUUCUUUGUUGAUAUUUCCAUCUGUCGGCCACUCAUUUCCCACUUACUUUGCUCGUGCAGAAAUUUUAUGCUCAGUGAAUUCAGUUGAGGUUCUUCAUGGACUUAAAAAGUUUUCUCUGAAGCACUCUGAAGGAGAGUCUGAGGGAGUACAGAAGUGUUGUCCAACUCUGGAACAGCUCCUAGUGAAUGCACUGUUGCAUCUUCGAUGCCAUGUACUAUCCAGAGGAGAAAUGGACCAGAAAUCUCUGCAGCUUUUUAGACAUCUGUGUCAGGCAAUUAUAAAUGAGUGGGAUGAGCAGGAACGCCGUGCCCAAGAGCAGGAGGCAAUGGAAAAGAGCCUGUACAGAUUCAGAAGUAAAAGUCAUGGGAAAGGACAAAGUGAGGAAGAAGAGGAGGAGGAGGAAUUCAGGAGGAGAUUUCCUUUUCAUGAGAAGGACUUUGAAGAUAUCACAGCUCAGGCAAGUCUAGAAGAGAAAAUGGAAACUGGGGAGCCAUUGGAAGACCAACUGGAAGUCAAUAGAGCCCUGUUGUCUAAGAACUCUAUGCAAACUGUAAUGAUGGUUCAUCAGCAGUUGUGCUUAAACUUCGCUCGAUCCCUGUGGUAUCAACAGAGUCUGCCUUCUCAUCAAGCUAAACAUUAUUUCAGUGCAUUUAUUUCCUGCUAUCAAACUGGUGCAUGUCUGGUGUCGUGGUUCUAUCCUUUAAUUGGUGCCGAAAUGAACAGUAGUCUUUUGGGAAGCCAGCUUCUAGUUAGCACUCUUCUUCACAAUACCUUUUUUGAGGAACUGACUUCAGAUCUUGUGCUACAGCAGGAUGGCCCAUAUGACUUUUACCAGCAUCCUAAUAUUAAGCAAGUCCGCCAGUGCCAACCUGUACUUGAUAAUUUUGCUAAAGAAGUGAACAGGUUACUGCAGGAAUGGCCAGAGCAUCCAGUACUUCUGCAGCUGUUAGUUGUGAUUGACAGAAUCCAGAGCUUUCCACUCUCUAGUCCCCUCUCAAAGUUCCUGAAUGGCUUGGAAAUUCUUCUUGCAAAAGCACAGGAUUGGGAGGAAAAUGCUAGUCGAGCUUUGUCCUUGCGGAAACAUCUUGACUUGGUCACACAACUGAUUAUUCAGUGGCGUAGAUUGGAGUUGAAUUGCUGGUCAGUAAGUCUGGAUAAUAUUAUGAAGCAACACAUAGAGAAAUCCACAAAGCACUGGUUCUCGCUCUAUCAGAUGAUUGAGAAGUAUGUACAAGAACAGACCAAGGCUGACAUGGAAGAAACUGAGCAGAUGAGCCUAAAAAUGCUGGUCAACACACUACAGGCCUUCAUUGAAGGAUCUACACUAGGAGAGUUUCAUGGACGACUUCAAGCAUUGCUGGUUUUCCACUGCCAUGUCUUACUGAUGCCUCAGGUAGCAGAAAAGGACAUCCUGUGCAGCAUCCUGUGGAAUCUCUAUAAUUAUUAUAAGCAGUUUUCAGGGUGUGUUGAGACCAGAAUCACUGAACUUCGUCAACCUAUAGAAAAGGAACUUAAGGAAUUUGUGAAAAUUUCAAAGUGGAAUGAUGUCAGCUUCUGGGCUAUUAAACAGUCAGUUGAAAAAACACGCAGGACUCUCUUUAAAUUCAUGAAGAAGUUUGAAGUUGUUCUGAAUGAGCCGUGUCGGCCUGCUUUGGUGGAAGCCGGUAAGGAAGAGCAACUGGACUGCUUGCACCAGCAGGAGGAAUCUGAGAACAAAGAGACUAAAGUUCAGAAGCUAAACAACAUGCUAAGGAAAGUUCUGUCUGCUAGAACAGAUGCUGCCAAGCAGCCGCUAACAGAAGAACAUCAUGAUGGUAUUGCAUUUCAAACAGAUUCUCUUCAGUAUCGUCUGCCCAAACUUACAAAAAGAAUGAAGAAAAUGUGUGCGACAGUUACAGAGCGUAAUUCGUUCUUAAGUCUGCUGGAAAGUCUUGACCAGUUCACAGGUGAUAUCAUUGGUUCUGUAGUUGAACUCCAGAGUUUAACAUUUGAUCAGACAGCCGAUAAGGAGAAGCAGAAGUCAGAGGCCAAGCAUAUCCAAAUGCAAAAGCAACGGGCUUUGUCAGAUCUCUUUAAAAGCCUUGCUAAAACAGGCUUGUCAUACCGAAAAGGUCUGUCUUGGUGCCGUUCAAAAGGCUAUCAUGAAAUACUCUGUGUACAUCCACUGGACUUGCAUAGUGCAUUAGCUGUAGUAAACAGUAGAUGUGAACUGGAUGCCACGUUCCUGGCAGAGAUUUCCUCGGCCUGGGAUGGAUGCCAGAAGUACUUCUAUCGUUCUCUUGCACGCCACUCUCGACUCCAGACAGCACUGUUAGCCCCUGCCAAGGAUAUUGGACUAAGUAGUGUUGAGCGAUGCAAAGGAUUUACUGCACACCUCCUGCAGAUGCUUGUCAGACAGAGACAAUCUCUUACUGCCUUGACGGAGCAGUGGAUCAUACUAAGGAACCUCCUGAGUUGCAUCCAAGAGAUAGACAAGAGAUUGAGUGCUGACAGAGAAUACAAUGUAGCAUUUCCUCCUCAGCACAGUUUUCAGCACUGGACUGACAAAGUGCAGCAACUUUCCAUGCAGUGUGUGAUGGUUCUCGAGGAGCUGUCUUGGUUUUUACAGUGCUGCCCAACAGAAGAGCUAAUGAAGUGUGGUGACAGUGAAAGGACAGAUGUCAAAGUUUUUCUCAGCUCAGGAUCUGAAGAGAUGCUGGGAAAUGUUCUCACGGGAAUACAGGACCAAAUUCCCUCAGACCUUAAAUACCUGUCUCCAGUAACAAGUGAGCGACUGCCUCCUGGGUGCAGGAUGCGAAAUAAAGAUCAGCUGUGGCUGCGGCUGUCUGCACAAUUGGCAACAAUGCUGGCACAUGUGAAAGCAAUGAAAACAGAAGUGGACAAAAUAAGACAACAGCCAUGUGAGACCUUGUUUUAUUCGUGGAGAGAUUUUGAAGUUUGUACAUCGGCUGUGAGCUGUCUGCUGGAAGUUUCAGCUCAGUUACAAGGUGUGGAGUCCCUGUUUCACCCAAAUGAGGAAGACAGGCAAGCUGCAGAUCAGAUGGCUGUAAUCAAGAGCCUCAAGUAUAUACAAGAGGAAAUUAAUAGUACAUCUGCAGACUUUGCAGCUUGGAGAACACAGCUUCUUGCUUCCACGUCAAACUGUAGUGGAAAUAAAGAGUCUGAUGAAGAAUUUGUGGAGCGCUUCUCAGCUCAAGUGGAAACUGUUAUCCAUGGUGUUCUGUAUGCCAUCCAGUGUUUGGUAGAGAGAAAACAGAAAGAGGGAGAAGAGGAAGAAAAACCUCCAGAGGAAACUGAUGAUGCAGCUUCAUUUGACAUGAUUAAAGCAGGACAUUUAACUAAACUUUUGGAUGAAGAUAUUUCUGCUGAUGUGGAUUCUUUGCAUGUGCAGAAAGUAAUUUCAGCAGUUUCAGAACUGAUGGAGAGCCUGAAAUCUUACGGGGAAGAUUGCACCUCUGAUAAACAUAAGUUCUUCAACCAGUCCUGCUAUUUGCUGGUGCGUCUAAAGCCCAUGCUCUGCAAGUUUUCAGACCUUAUCCUAUUCUACCUCACUAUUUCACUGUCAUCUCACCGGAGUACUGGAAAGCUGCUUUCUGUUUUAACUAGCAUUUUCACAGAGCUUGCCCAAAAGGGGUUUUGUCUGCCAAAAGAAUUACUUGAAGAUGAAGCUGGAGAGGGGGCAACACAGUUUCAUGAUUAUGAAGAAGGUGGUAUUGGAGAUGGAGAAGGCAAGAAGGAUGUGAGCGACAAAAUAGAAAGUGAAGAUCAGAUAGAAGACAGUUUUAAAAAGGGUGAAGAGAAGGAAAAAGAGGAUCAAGAUUCUAAGCCAGAUAUUGAAGGAGAAGACAACGCAAUUGAAAUGUCAGAAGACUUUGAAGGAAAAAUGCAUGAUGGAGAACAGGAGAAAAAAGAAAAUGAUGAAAAAUCCGAUGAAGAGGAAGAGCUGGAUAAGCAGAUGGGAGAUCUCGACAAUGCUGAAGCUGAUGAUAAACUGGAUGAGAGGCUUUGGGGGGAUGAAGAUGAUGAUGAUGGUGAUGAUGCCAGUAGUAAAGCAGAAGAAACUGGGCCAGGGAUGGAUGAGGAAGAUUCAGAGCUUGUUGCAAAAGAUGACAAUUUGGGUGCAGGAAACAAAGAUAAUAAAAAACAGCCUCCCAAGGAUGAAGAAACAGAGAAUCAAACAGAGGACAAUGAAAACCAAGAGAAAAUCCAUGAGCAAAUCGAUGAGAGAGAGUAUGAUGAGAACGAAGUAGAUCCUUAUCAUGGCCAGCAAGAAAAGCAGCCCGAAGUUGAACCUUUAGAUCUUCCUGAUAACUUGAACCUGGAGAAUGAUGAGAAGAGUGAUGAAGAGAAAGAGGGUGAAGAAGAUGAAGAGAAUGCUUUUGAAAUAGAUGAGAAACCUGUUGAUUUAAAUGAGGCAGAGAAUACAGAAGGUCAGAAUGAAGAGAAUACUAGUGAGGCAGAAGGAGGUGAUCAAGAUGCAGAACCUGCUGAAGAAGGCGUUACUGAAGAAAAAGAGGAAAAGGAAGAUGAAGGGGAGAAAGACACUGAUGAUCAAGAAGAAAAUACUGGGAACAGUGAGGAGGCAGAAGAGGAUGAAUCGCAACCACCUAAUGAGGAAAAAAAUGAAUCUGCUGAAGAGGAGAAAGAGAAGGGAAUCCCUGCUGCCGACCAAGGCCUUCAACCUCAGCAAGAGGAGGAUAAAGAUAAUCCAGAGAUGGAUGAGCAGGUCCCUGAGUCUGAAGAGAGAAUGGAGCAUGAAACACAGGGGCAGACUGGGCAAGAAAACCUGCAGAGCGACAGUGCUGUUGAGCUAGCUGGAGAGGCUUCAGAAAGAGACCAGUCUAAAGAGGAAUAUGGAAGCGGAGCUGCAAGUGCAAAUCAAUCAGAAGGCCAUGAAUCCACACGCAUGGCCCGGAUGGCUUCUGAAAAGCAAAGCAGGAAGAAUACACAGAGUUUCAAGAGGAAACCUGGUCAGGCAGACAAUGAGCGCUCAAUGGGAGAUCACAACGAGCGUAUCCACAAGCGACUGAGAACCAUAGAAUCCAGCAGUGAAGCAAAGCAGAAUACAACUCAGUCUAAACAAAACGUGGAGGAGGCUGAUGCAUUUGAACACAUUAAACAAAGUUCUGAAUGCUAUGAUGCACAGACCUAUGAUGUAGCUAGCAAGGAACAGGAGAAACCUAUUAUGCCUCUCGAAGAAAAAGAAGAGGGAGAUCCCGAGGAUACAGCUAUGGAAACAGAAAUGCAGGACGAGGAUCUCCAAGCAGUUGACAUAGAGGAGCUGAAGCCAGAAACAAAGUCUACUGCCACUAAAACUUCUGGACCAGGUGAAGAGGAGUCGGAAACGCAGAUUUUAGACUCCGAUGGUGUCAAUGAUUCUACAAGAGAAAAGUCACCCAAGGUGACUGAAGAGAAGCCAGAGAGAAGCAAGGACUCCACCAUCCAUACAGCCCAUCAGUUUUUGAUGGAUGCUUCCCAGCAUGUUGUUAGAGAUCCGGAAGAGUUGAGAAAGGAGCUGGAAAGGCAAUUGGAAGCUUGGCAAACACAGCAGCCUGGAAGUCCUGAGGAGGAGAAGGAAGCAGCACAGUUGUGGCAGAGGUAUUUAGUCCUUACAGCUCCUUUGUCACAGCAGCUUUGUGAACAGCUACGGCUCAUACUGGAACCCACUCAGGCAGCCAAGCUGAAAGGAGACUACAGAACAGGGAAAAGACUGAACAUGCGCAAAGUGAUUCCGUAUAUUGCCAGUCAGUUCCGAAAAGAUAAGAUCUGGUUGCGAAGAACCAAGCCUAGUAAACGACAGUACCAGAUUUGCUUGGCUAUUGAUGAUUCCUCUAGUAUGAUAGACAAUCACUCCAAACAGCUUGCGUAUGAAUCCCUGGCAGUCAUUGGAAAUGCGUUGACUCUUCUAGAAGUGGGACAAAUUGCUGUGUGUAGUUUUGGAGAAACUGUUCAGCUGCUUCACCCCUUCCAUGAACAGUUCAGCGACCAGUCAGGGACACGGAUACUGCGCCUUUGCAAAUUUCAGCAGAAGAAAACAAAAAUAGCUCAGUUUCUAGAAUCGUCAGCAAGUAUGUUUGCUGCAGCACAGCAGCUGUCUCAAAAUAUGAAUCCAGAAACAGCGCAGCUGCUUUUGAUUGUCUCUGAUGGAAGAGGCCUUUUCUUGGAAGGCAAGGAACGCGUGACAGCAGCAGUUCAAGCAGCUCAGAAUGCCAACAUCUUUGUUAUUUUCGUAGUGUUGGACAAUCCUAAUUCCCGAGAUUCCAUCCUGGACAUUAAAGUACCUGUAUUCAAAGGACCUGGAGAAUUGCCCGAAAUCAGAUCUUAUAUGGAAGAAUUUCCAUUCCCAUUCUACAUGAUCCUCAGAGAUGUGAACGCUCUUCCAGAAACUCUCAGUGAUGCACUCAGGCAGUGGUUUGAACUGGUGACUGCCUCAGACACUUUGUAGACAAAGCAAGUACCUUACUGCUGCUAAACUGCUGAAAUACAUGGAACAGCAUUUCAUUGGAGGAGGGUUCAUACGAGCUCUUCAGCUAGGAUUAACGCACAAGAGCUGCCCUCUGGCAGUCAGCCUAAGAACAGAAUGGUCCAGGUGUAUUCUCCCACGUUUGUCAGAGAUUACUCAGUGGUGAGACUGUUUUUCUUUCAUUGGUUAUUCCCAAAAUCGUGUAAAACUUUCUUUAGUUUCUUUUGUAAUAAUUUAAUACUUAAAAGAAAAACUGUAUUUGCAAUGUUCACAGAGGUGAAAUUAUUCCUACCGGUAUCUGUUGCAAUAAGAAAUACCAGUCUUGCUUCUUGGAAGGCAUUUCUGUAUGAGAAGUACUUGAGCUGUCUCACAAAAAGGGCUCUUCAGCUUCACCCAGGUGGGUGGUGGGCAGGAGGAAUGGGGAAAGCAGAUGGUUUUAAACAACCAAAAUGAAAGAAGUACUUGAAUAUUCAAAAACGUUCUGCAGUUAAACAAAUCCUGUUUAGUUAUUGCUGAUUUUUGUCUUGAUAAUAUCAGCAGGGAGUUCUGUAGAUACCACCAUAUGGUAAUCCCGGUGUUACCAGGUUACACUGUGAAGUCUGCCCCUGUGUCUGAGGCAGACAUUGAAGACGUUUUCAUUAAUCAGAUGUCUCUAAGCAUGGACAUGGUUUUUGUUGCAGAAGCUAUGCAUCUUAUAUAGUCUGUACUAAUAAAAAGGUACCACUUUGUAGUCA